AUGGGUCGCAUCAUCGUGACCGGCGGCUCCGGUAAAGCUGGUCAAACCAUCAUCACCGAACUCCUCAACGCAGGACAUACGGUCCUGAAUCUCGAUCUUGCCCCAACUUCCCAGGCAGGAGUGCAUACCCUAAAGACCGACCUCGUUGACAGCGGCCAAGUCUUCAAUGCACUCUCGGGCCAAUGGGCACUAACCGAGCCCUUCCCAAUAGGCCUCCCUCCACCCCCCGACGCCGUAGUCCACAUGGCGGGCUACGCACGUAACAUGCUCGUUCCAGACAACGAGACCUUCCGAGCAAACACACAAGGCACAUACAACAUCUGCGAAGCAGCAUGCAAGCUCGGAAUCCGCAAGCUUAUCAUCGCAAGCAGCAUCACCGUGUACGGUGUAGCAUUCGCUCAAGGCGACGUGAACUAUCCCUCCUUCCCAAUCGAAGAAGACCAGGACGUCUGCCCAACGGACACAUACGCGAUCGCGAAACUAUGCUGCGAGCGUGUGGCACGCGGCUUUGCAGCCCGAUUUGGGGCUGAUAUUUAUGUUCUCCGGAUUGGACAUGUGAUUGGGCCGGAGGAGUACAACCAGGAGAUCUUCUACAGUUAUGUGCAUGAGCCGGAGCGCUGGAAGGUGCAUGGGUGGGCGUAUCUUGAUUCGCGGGAUCUGGGUGGGAUGUGUGAGGCGGGUUUGCGGAAGGAUGGAUUGGGAUUUCAAGUUUUCAAUGCGACGAAUGAUACGAUUACGAACCUGAGGCCUACUAUGGAGUUGUUGCGGGAGUUUUAUCCCGAUACGCCUGUUACGCGGGAGAUGGGAGAGUUUGAGGCGCCGUUGACGAAUGCGAAAAUAAAGCAGAUGCUUGGAUUUAAGGAGAAGCAUAAUUGGCGUGACUAUUUCAACUUGUGGGAUAAGAGAGCGAUCAUUAAUGUUGAUUAUUGA